AACUAUGAAUUAAGAACCAAAGGAUUUAGUUUAAGGUUGAAAAUUCUAGCAAAUGUAGGUAAACUGUUGGCAUGUGGCACCUGUUUCUUUGCAAAGAUAGGGUAAUCUUGAGUAAUAACUGGGUUUCAGAUUCAGUUUUUUACAUCUUAAUAGUUUAUACCCUUCAGCUUUUCAGCACUUAUUUUAUGUGCCAAAGUAUUUCGUUUUGAUGCAGUUAAUACUCUUCAACUGUCACAACUCUGAAACAUUUUCAGUGCCAAAGUACUUAGUUUUGGUGCUGUUUGAUAAAUAUGGAUAGCAGUUGUCAUCCAUGCAGUUAUGUUAAACAAAUGGGACAACGGAGCACUUCACACUUCUUACUGUUUCUAAGUGAGUCAUUUUAAAGAGUGUGACUAAUCAUCCUGCCAUACAGUUGUCAACAGAAUAGAAAAAAAUUCUCUGCCACCCACAAAAUCUGAAGACGAGAUUUCCAGAUUUUCUGGGGAUGAGAAAUGAAAAGUAAAGAACCUCUCUUUUGAAGAACAGUUUAAAUUUAGAUCAAAGGGAACUACAUGCAGUGGACUUUUUAUCUUAAGAAUUUAUGUAAUUUUUUCUGUGCAGCAAUGAGGUGAUAUAUCUGGAAAUUAAGUUAACUUAUUGUGGUCAUUGUUGGGCAAGUAGUGGUAUGGUAAUUAUUUUAAAGCUUUCAUCUAAAUAGCAAACUUAUGUGAAUCUAAAUUAAUUUAAUCUGUCUUAUUUCCACUCCCGGCUUUGUCUUAAGUUUUAAGUCAACUGUGACAAAGACAUCUCAAUAUUCCUUGAGUAUGCAUUGGGUAUUUUCAUGAUAAUCAAGCGAUGGGUGUCAUCAAGGUGAUAAUAGUGCAAACUGUGUGUCAAAAGGGGAGGAAUUGUGUUUGUUUUGAUCAAACCAGGGAAGUAAGACAAAGAUCUGGCUAAGAAAUUUGUGUUUCGAAAUGUGAUAUGAGAAGUGCCUGAUUGGAAUCUGGUUCUUGUGGGAAAUGGAAGUUGAUGAUUACCUACAAUUUAGGAGACUGAGCCCAGAGCACCACAGUAAAUUUACAACUCCCGCAGGUAUUAUGGGCAUAGAAAAUGCCUCGAAGGGGGAAUAUUCAGGUUUGAUUUCUUUACAGUUACUUGAGUUAAAGAGCUGGGAGGGAAAUAUUAAAUACAUUGAAACGCAGUAUUUGACAUGGGAGGCACAUGAAUGAGAAAGUUGAGAAAGGCUCUUUAAAAGUGCAGUUACAUGUGUGGAGGGAAGAAGUAGCAUAUGGGGUGGAAAAUGAGGAGACCAAGGAUGCAUCAGAAUGGAUCCCACAAAGAACAUAAGAAAGGGCAGCCUGGCACUAGCAUGGAUCGCUCUCGGCACUGUGCAGGGAGUGGCAAUGAGCAGACGUCUUCACAAGAGCACAGUCGUGAAGACGAGAGACAACGGCAGCUGGAGCGCCUCAGCAGGGAGGAGGCCUAUUACCAGUUCAUUAAUGAACUCAAUGAAGAAGACUAUAGGUUAAUGAGAGACCGCAACCUGCUCGGCACUCCAGGGGAGAUUACAGCAGAAGAGUUGCAUCAGCGCUUGGAGGGAGCUAAGGAGCGUCUGGCAUCGCAGGGUGAUCUGGAUAACAGAGAAGGUGAAGGUAGAACUGUUGGAGAUUCUGAUGUUCUUGGAGAAAACUCCAAUGGUGACUCUUUGCUGGAAUGGCUGAAUACGUUUCGUCGCACAGGAAAUGCCACUCGCAGUGGACAGAGUGGGAACCAAACCUGGAGAGCUGUGAGUCGAACAAAUCCAAAUAGUGGGGAGUUUCGGUUUAGUCUUGAAAUCAACAUAAAUCAUGAGCAUAAUAGUUUUGAAACUGCUGGUGAGGAGAAUGUGGGUAUAGAUAGUAGCAGAAUGCAUUCAGAAAGAAGGCAUCAAAGACCUGUUAGUCCAUUAGCCCCACGAACAAGGAGCAGGACCGCGAGAGAGGCAAACAGUGAGGCUUCAAGCACUGCAAGGACAAGGUCGGUAAGAAGUUCUGUGGCACAAAGCUCUGAAGCAGCUUCUCAUCCAGUCUCAGGGAGACUCAGGAGUAGAACAAGGGAGGUGACGGGUCCUUCCCGAAUAACUACUGCACGUAAUAAUUCUGCAGCUACUGGUGAGCAGAGAGAAAUGCCAGAAAGGGGUACUUCUACAGGAGUCACAAGAGGUAGAGCUAGAACUAACAUUCGGAUGAAUACAAACCAAAGACUAGAAAUUCUACGCUUGAGGUCUACUUUAAGUAGUCGAAGCCGCUCUCCGCUGCAAAGGCAAGGUGACACUGCUCAUUUUGAGGAACGUGGGCAGAGGCAGGAUAGAAAUGCCCAGCAAGUCAACAGGAGCAGAAGACAAACAGCUCAGCCUUCUCCACAGCCUGCUGAAGAACAAGCAAGAGGUAACACUCAGGGUCCUCAGCUUUCCAGUGUAGACCCAUCCUUGGGAGUAACUUUGGAAGAAGAGGAAUCUAGUAGGCCAGUAGCUUCUGUUAGAAGGCAUCCAACGAUUACAUUAGAUCUUCAGGUGAGAAGAAUUCGUCCUGGAGAAAACAGAGAUCGGGACAGUAUUGCCAGUAGAACUCGUUCUAGAGUCGGAAUGGCAGAAAACACAGUUACCUUUGAAAGUGACAGUGGGGGAUUUCGGCGUACGAUAUCACGAUCAGAACGUGCGGGUAUUCGAACCUACGUUAGCACCAUACGGAUACCUCUCCGUCGGAUUUCAGAAACUGGGCUUGGUGAACCUUCAUCAGUGGCUCUACGCUCAAUCCUUAGACAAAUCAUGACAGGCUUUGGAGAACUGAGUUCUUUAAUGGAAACUGAAUCAAACUCAGAAGCGCAAAGAGAUGGUCAUCACUUACCAGAUGUACAGUCAGAGCAGAAUAACUUGAGUUCAGCAAACAAUAGCAGUGAUCCAAGUGGGAUUUCACCUAGAAAUGGGCAUUCAGUAGAAGGCAGCAGGGAAACAAAUGGACAGAUUCGCAAUAAUGAAAACCAAGAUAACAGGCAAUCUCAAGAUGCGAACAACCUAGUGGAAAAUGGAACACUGCCUAUACUUCGACUUGCCCACUUCUUCUUGCUGAAUGAAGAUGAUGAUGACGAUCGUUUAAGAGGUUUAACCAAAGAGCAGAUUGACAAUCUUUCUACCCGGAACUAUGGGGAUAUUCACACUGAAAAUGAAAUAAGUAAAACGUGUAGUGUUUGCAUUAAUGAAUACGUAACAGGGAAUAAGCUAAGGCAGUUACCUUGUAUGCAUGAGUUUCAUAUUCAUUGUAUUGAUCGAUGGCUUUCUGAAAACUCCACUUGCCCAAUUUGUCGGCAGCCUGUAUUGGGGUCUAAUGCCACUGACAAUGGCUAGGGUUGUUUGUACUGCUCGGUACUCGAGGAUUUGCUCUGUUUAUGAUGAGCCAGUUGGAAUGACUUGACUUGCAUAGGGGUCCAUUUGUGUGGGGAGUUUUAUUAAAAUUCUUUAAAAAUAAUAGAAAACUUGUCUAAAUCUAGCAAUGUAAAUACUAUUUUUCUCCAAGUGCAGAUCUAGGAGUACACAUAGAACCAAAUGAUAUCAGUAAAGUUUAUAUUUUUUUAGGUAAUUUUGUUAUGCUAAGCACUUUUGUAAAUACAUAAAUGCAGUAGUUAAUCAGUCCUGCUUAAUGUAUGUUUUUUUAACAGUGUAGACUCUAUUUAGAUUACAAAUUGUUUCACACAGAUCCACCACUGUGUUGGAAAAAUUGGUGUCUAAAUAGCCAUUCAUUAGCUUUUUGUUCUAAGAACAAUUUCUUUUACAGAUAAUUUCUUGCUGGACAUAUUUGCUAAAGAUAUUUAAGUUACUUGAAGUGCUCAUUUUAAUAGACAGUAUAUUUUUUUUAACAUUGAAAUAUCCUUUUCAAAAACUUGCCAAUUUGGUUCUAUUUAAAAAAUUUUAUGGCAAUUUUUGCAUGUGGUUUUACACAAUGCUUAACGCUGAUGAGUUCAUAUUCAAAAGUGGAUGGGUUAGUGACAUUAUGAAUUGUACAUAGUUAAAUGCUGUCUUUGACAAUCUCCGUCUUUUCAACGCAGACAGCAGUUGAAUCAAUUAUAACUCCAAGAGAGCGUGUCUUAAUGAACAUGGCAUUUGCUCAGAGAAUAAAUGAGCACCAAGGAAGCGUUUUCGCUCUUCCAAAUUACUCAGUUGAUAUUCAUGGGGGUUUAACUGCUUUAGUUUAAAGAGAGAAAUAUUUCCUUGACCAUUGUUGUCUACGAAAUGCAUGAUUUGUGCACCCUACUCAGAAAAACAAAACAAAGGCUUGAAGUGUUUUUGUACAGAAGUUCAAGGUACACAUAGGAUAUUAGUCCUCUUAAAACACGUCUGAGGACCAAGUGGUUACAGACACUAAAAAGGACAAAAUAAGCUUCCCUUAAAAUCCCCAGAUUACUGUAUGGUUAGAUAUUAAACUUUAUACCAAUAACUUAUAAAGAAAUAAAGUU